CAUCAUUUCUUCUCUCCAUAUCUCUCUCUUUCUUCACAUUUCCAUUCCUCUCUUAUUUCAACUGCGAAAAUUCCUCUCUUUUCUCAUAAUUUCUCUAUCAGUUUCUGCGACAAAACAAUUCUUCUCGUUUCGAUGUUGGCCUCUGUUUCCGCAUCAGAGAUUUCCGUUUCAUUUUUGUAAGAAAGAGGAAUUAAAAAAAUGAAGAAAACAUGUGAGCUGUGUAAACAAGCGGCGCGGAUACACUGUGAGUCAGACCAGGCGAUCUUAUGCUGGGACUGCGACGCCAAGGUGCACUCCGCCAACUUUCUGGUGGCGCGGCAUUCGAGAAAUCUCCUCUGCCGCGUCUGCCAGUCGCCGACGUCGUGGUCCUCCCCUGGAUCCAAGCUGUCGCCGACCUACUCCUCCUGCCGAAAAUGUGCCGAUAAUUUCGAUGGAGAGCACGAGGAGGAAGAGAAGUCGGCGGCGGAGGAAGAGGAGAUGGCCGAGAAUCACGUCGCGCCGUGGUCGCCGCCGCCGGAGAGCUCUCUGAGUGGCGGUGAGGCUGCGCACGGCAGAGAAGCGGCAUCGGUUGUAAAGAAACGCAGCCGGCUCGACCACGAUCGGCUCGACCACGAUCGUACCGCGAUUAUUGAAGAUCUAAAUAUCUGUACGGAUUCGGUGACGAGAGGAAUAGCGACGACGCGGAGCAAGUUCCGGAGAUCAGAAGGGGCGGCGGCGGCGCCGGAGGAGAGAGACGUUGAUCUGAAUCUGACGCUGGGGCUUUCAGCCGUUGAUUAAAUGUUUUAGUUAGGAUUAGUGGUGGUAAUGCGAGUUUUAGAAUUACAGUAGUUUAUUGGGAAAUGAUGUUACACAUUUAGAGUUUUUUUAAUUAUUAUUGUUCAAAAUUUGCUAAUACUAAUUUUUAUUGGUUGUACUACAGUAUUUGGUAGUAAUAGCUAAAAUGGGUCUAUUCUAAUUUCA